AUGUUGGUUCUAUUUGAGACAGCGGCUGGAUAUGCAAUCUUCAAAGUCCUCGAUGAAUCCAAAUUGCAACAAGUGGACAGUUUGCAUAAAGAAUUUGAAACUCCUGAAAAGGCAAAUAAAGUUCUUAAGUUAAAGCAUUUUGAGAAGUUUCAAGAUACCACUGAGGCCUUGGCUGCUGCCACUGCCCUUGUUGAGGGUAAAGUUGGAAAAAAUUUAAAGAAGGUACUCAAAAAAAUUGUUGCGAAGGAGGCUCAUGAGCAGCUGGCUAUUUGCGAUGCCAAACUUGGAGGUGUUAUAAAAGAAAAAUUGGACAUCAGCUGCGUCUACAGCCCGGCAGUGGCAGAGCUCAUGAGGUGCAUUCGAAGUCAGAUGGAGGGUCUUAUAACUGGUCUUCCUGCUCGAGAUCUCAGUGCUAUGUCCCUUGGUUUAGCUCACAGUUUAUCCCGAUACAAGUUGAAGUUCAGUCCUGAUAAGGUGGAUACCAUGAUUGUUCAAGCGAUCUCUCUCUUGGAUGAUUUGGAUAAAGAACUUAACAACUACAUCAUGCGCUGCAGAGAGUGGUAUGGCUGGCACUUUCCCGAGCUGGGGAAAAUUGUCACAGACAACUUGGCCUACUGCAAAGCAGUCAGAAAAAUAGGUGAUCGAACAAAUGUGGCUGGCAGCGAUCUGUCUGACCUGUUGCCAGAGGAAAUUGAAGCUGAAGUUAAACUGGCUGCAGAAAUCUCAAUGGGAACAGAAGUAUCGGAACAGGACAUUGCCAACAUCAGUCAUCUUUGUGAUCAGGUUAUUGAGAUUACAGAAUACAGAGUGCAGCUCUACGACUACCUUAAAAACAGGAUGAUGGCUAUUGCCCCUAAUUUGACAGUCAUGGUGGGAGAGCUGGUUGGUGCAAGACUAAUUUCUCAUGCCGGUUCUCUCCUGAAUUUGGCAAAGCACCCUGCCUCCACUGUGCAGAUCCUGGGAGCAGAGAAAGCUUUAUUUAGAGCCCUAAAAACUCGCAAAGACACACCCAAAUAUGGUCUCAUCUAUCAUGCAUCCCUUGUCGGCCAGACCACUGCAAAGAACAAGGGCAAGAUAUCCAGAAUGCUAGCCGCCAAAACAUCCCUGGCUAUCCGGUAUGAUGCGCUGGGAGAAGACACCAAUGCUGAAAUGGGUGUGGAGAACAGGGCAAAGUUGGAGGCUCGUCUUCGUCAGUUAGAAGAAAGAGGAAUCAGAAGAAUUAGCGGUACUGGAAAGGCAAUGGCCAAAGCAGACAAAUACACUCAUAAAAGUGAAGUUAAAGUGUAUGAUCCAUCUGGUGAUUCCACGAUCCCCUCUACAUCAAAAAAGAGAAAGAUAGAAGAGGUAGAGGAGCCUGAAGCAGCUGAGCCCACGACACCAGCGUUCAAAGCAAAGAAGCCCAAGAAGGAGCCUGUAACACAAGAAGAGGAAAUUGAAACUGCUGAAGCUUCUGAGGAGACUCCCAAGAAGAAGAAAAAGAAGAAGAAAGACAAGAAAUCAGAGGAGCCUGCUGAGGAGGAAAUGAAGGAGGAAGAGAUGGAAUUGCCAGUAGAGUCCUCAGAGAAAAAGAAAAAGAAGAAGAAAAAGAAAGUAAAGGAGGAAGAAGCGGAUGACGAGUGA